AUGUCAGCUGACAGCCACCAUCUCCACACUCAUGACGAUUCACCAAGUUCUGCUUGUCACAGACUCUUGGAUGUCAACAGUCACCCCCUGUCAAAGAGCUCCUCAAAUCUGGUCUGUACUGAACAAUCAAGUUUAGAGGAAAGGCAAAGCAACAAACAGGAGCUGAAGAAAAGCCAUAGUAGCACCAUCUGCCAUACCCUGAGGAACAAGAGUGAUGCAAGGAACGGGGCAAGUCCUGAAUGGUCCUUCUCACAACCUGAGAUGAUGGGACUUGGAUCGAUGGUUCAAACCAUAAGCGACCAGUCAGUCAAUGGCAAUUCACGGAGCAGAACUAAGACUACAAACCAUUUUCUUACCACUGAGCACUCCACAGCAUCCUGGGAAGCAGGGGACACCAAAAUGUGUGUGAAGAGCAGUACUGUUGAGAAUGUUUCUUCAGCCUGCAUUGCUAGCCAGCAAAGCAUGUGUAAAAUGGAAGAACCAGGAACUGCCCUUCAGAGAAGCCACUCAGACCUAACUUGCAGCUGCAAACAGCAGACUUGUGUCACUCACAUAGAAACCAGUGCUACUCACUCCAGUCUGAGCAUUCCUAGCUGCAGGCACGGCCCACCAAUGGUUGGGAUGUCUAUUCAAACACAGAGAUGUGGAUCAGAGACAAAUGAAAAUACAUCUCACUAUCAAAACCUUGUCACUCAUUUCCCAGUUCUACCCAGAGACCAAAAAGUACCUACAAAUAGCUUUGACAGCAGUAGUGUUCCUCAAAACACUACUAUUUACACAGAUCCAGGAAUGUUUCAUACUGCUGUUCUAGGACCCCACAUGCCUGAAAAUGAUUUCUCAAACAGGACAGUUUUCAGUCAAGCCACUGGCAUUAUUCACAGUGGUCUGACUUAUGGUAAUCUUCCAAACUCUGCAUACUCUCCCAUGGUGAUGACAGUUCAUAACAAUUCUGCAGGGCCCUGUAAUGUAAGGCAGGACCCUUGCAUGAAGGUAGAUGCCACCAUCCCUGCCUAUUGCCAUUCCUUGCCUAUACCAUCUAUACAACUUGUUCCACGGUUGGUGUGCUCAGUUAGUGAGUCAGGAAAAGAACAGGCAACGCCCGGCUACUUUCAUUCAUUUUCUACUUCAGAUAUUCUAACAUAUCCUAAGCUGGUGUCUUCAGUAAGUGAGUCAGGCCUGGAUGCCAAGAGAGUCUUGCAGUGCUGUAGUAUUCCUGGAGAACAACUGCAAAAUGCCCCACAGUGUUCCCAGCAGGAGAGAGCUCCUCCAGAAAAAAAAGCUGCCUGUGUUAGCAUUCAUAGCCAGCCAAGUGCAGCCAUAAUGACAACCAAGGAUAUGUGGACUAUGACCUCUAUGAAUGAUUUAACCAAAGGACUGAAACCAGCUCUUGAGUGUAGAGAUGCUGAGGUACAAACUCUUCCAACCAUGGAAUGCAAAUCUGUGGCAACAAGUCCAGCAGCUGCAGCAGAGGGGCACUCACAUGUGUUCCCAGAGGUGAACCUAGAGCAAGACUUGGAAGCCCUCAAAUCUCCAGUACGUGAAGUGAGAUGGGAUGAUGAAGGAAUGACGUGGGAAGUGUAUGGGGCAUCUGUGGAUCCAGAAGUCCUUGGGUUAGCCAUUCAAAAACAUCUUGAGAUUCAAAUAGAACAAUUCCAGACAGAACCUGCCCAGCUGCCUGAGAAAAGUAAUGAGGAGCCACCUUCUGAUAAAGCAGGGAAAAAGAAGCCAUUCAGAACAAUGAUGCAUUCCCUGAGAUAUCCAAGCUGUUGUGCUCGUUCCAGCACUGCAGUGGAAUGA